CACCCCUCACCCCCGGCCCCGCCCUUUCCCCUCAGCCCCGCCCUUCAGUCGGAGUCUCCCCUCUCAGCAAUGGCCGCAAUCCGCAAGAAGCUGGUGAUCGUGGGUGAUGGCGCGUGCGGAAAGACGUGUCUGCUGAUCGUGUUCAGCAAGGACCAGUUCCCCGAGGUGUACGUGCCCACCGUGUUCGAGAACUAUGUCGCCGACAUUGAGGUGGACGGCAAGCAGGUGGAGCUGGCCCUGUGGGACACGGCUGGCCAGGAGGACUACGAUCGUCUUCGACCCCUCUCCUAUCCCGACACCGACGUCAUCCUCAUGUGCUUCUCCAUAGACAGCCCGGACAGCCUCGAGAACAUCCCCGAGAAGUGGACCCCGGAGGUGAAGCACUUCUGCCCCAACGUCCCCAUCAUCCUGGUGGGGAACAAGCGCGACCUGAGGCAUGACGACGCCACGCGCCGCGAGCUCGCCAAGAUGAAGCAGGAGCCCGUGAAGUCGGAGGAGGGGCGCGACAUGGCCAACAAGAUCGGCGCCUUCGGCUACAUGGAGUGCUCGGCCAAGAACAAGGAGGGCGUGCGCGAGGUGUUCGAGCUGGCGACGCGCGCCGCGCUGCAGGUCCGCACGCGCAAGAAGAACGGAUUCUGCCGCCUGCUGUAGCUCGCCGGCGCCUGCCACCGUAGCUCCGUGCCGUAGCUCCGUGCCGUAGCUCCGUGCCGUAGCUCCGUGCCGUAGCCCUGCGCGUGUCUCCCCCCUCCGUCCCCAGUACCCGACUAAGGUGCCUAACCGCCCCCUCCCCGCGUAGCCGUGACGAACCCGCCUGUCGGUGCCUCCCGUGUGGGCACUGCCCCCCCCCCCCCCCCCCGUAAGUUCCACGGGUCGGCACCAUUGCCGCCGAUAGAGAUGAACGGUGGCACACGAGCUCCUUGCGCAUAUCGGCAUCGCCUUUCACCCCGGCAGGUUUAGCGGAUUGUUGCGCUCGGAGCACGGCAUUGCUCCGUCAGUCGUGGACGUUCCGCGUGUCGCGGCGUGGAGUCGAUCAAAACAACGCUUCCCUUGUGCCGCUAGGACCCAGAGUGCCUGCAGCAUUCCCACGGAAUAGCCGACCCUUGUACGCGCAAUGUCCCCGCGCGCCUGUGUCUUGAGCGUGAGAAUUAAUUUCAAGUGAUCAAUCUCUGCAUCCCUUAUCGGUCGGUGUAAUCGGCAUCAAGUGUAAACGCCGUACGGAACUGGUCACGAUUCAUUGGUUCGUACAUUGGAAUGAUUCCUCACGCUCGCAAUACGUGCAUCUUGGAUCGUGCGUCUUUUGAGUUGAGUAUUUUGUGUAAAUUAAACCCUUUUGUACCUUAAGGACCAAGAGCAUGAACGAGACUAAAUAAUUUUGACACGGUGCAAAUGAGACGAGGAAAUUUGAUUCUGAAUUGAUCGCUACCCUGAGUCGUGGCAAAUGGAGCAGGGUGUGGCCCGGGUUCGUGGGUCAACGUCCCGUGGCUAACGGUGAACAUCCGAACCAAGCACUCUGUUGCAGAACUAAAAAACUGUUAACCGCAAACACCACGUGAGCUCAAAGUUAACCUUCACUUUGGCGACAGCAUUGCAUCCCGUUCAGCGGCAGAUUAAAAGAUAUAUAUUUUACCCUUUUCCAAAUUAAAUUCAUUUUGCGGCGAUGGCUUCAUGUCGUGACGCGAGGCGAUUUUUGGUUCGAACUGUCAGGCCGCAGGGCACCGCUUGUCAUUAAGAGGGCAGCCCGUGGCUGGUGAUGUCACAAAACUACUGAGAUUCCUUCUACUGUCUCUUAUCUACACAACGAGUGCUGUACUUUGCCACGUGCUUUGCUGGAACAUGGCACUGCAGUAAAACAACGUCAUCAAAGAUAAUUUAAUAAUGGUUUGGCAACACGGUACAGCGUCUCAUUGGUUAGAUUUGACAACACUGCAGCUUUGACGACACAAAAUUAAAAUUUUACUUUAAGGGGAAACAUCUUGAGCAGAAUUUAUCACGACGCACAAGAUGCUGAACCCUGCUCUGCAGCCUAACGACUCUUGGUUUUGGGUCACGAUACCCGAUGAAGGAUCGAUUCGCGUUUGUCUCAUUUAUACCGUCUCAAUGUUACUCUCUCAUCACGUCUCUCCAUUCCCCUUAAAAUCACGUUUGCAUAAAAUUAGCAUCGGUGUUAAGCAAUUGAUCGUUGCGCGCACGGAAGGCUGCGUGUGCCGCGGGCACGUCGGUCGUUGCGUGCGCCACGAGGGGCCGCGACGCCAACACAACUCGCUGGCGCCACGGGGGGAUACCUCUCGGCGGGUUCCUGCCGCGUCGCCAUCCUCACGGCAGCAUUCGGAACCCGGUAACGGCACGCAUCUCCCCUUUCUGGGCCUCGGCGUCGCUUGUGGUGCCCGGCUGGUGGUUCAGCGUCGAAGCGGCUUGCCAUUUGUAAAAAAAAAAAACAUUUUAGUUCCUCCUGCUUGGAGCUGCUAGGCACCGUCGCCGUGGUUACAGUCGGCUAUCGCUAUUGGUGGUCCAUCGCUAAGCGAGCCCUGCCGCUGUAGGUGUUGCGCUGAACGACGGCUACUGCCGCACCAUCGUGCCUCCCCGAUCCUCGGACUGCCAGCGCUUAUUGUAUUGGAGUAGUAGCCGGUAGGAUUCUCUUCAUAAAGCAGCCUUAAUUAAAAAAAGGUGGGAGCUCGUACGGUAAAAUGUGCCCGCUUCUCCAAACCACGCAAUGGCCAUUAAUAACGGGGGAGGGAGAAACGAAUUGGCCGUGAAUAUCACGUGGCGUAACGAUGCACUCGUGUUCAUCCGGAACUAGAGCUUUAGUUAGGCGAGUAGCACUGUUUAGAACUAAAGCAGGAGUGAAGUACCCUCAGCGUUGUGACGUGGUGGUGAGUCCCUCGUGAGCUGCCCGACUCAACUCGUAAGCACGUUGAGCGUCUGUACGACUCGGCGCCAUUCCCCUAGACUCGGAGCCAAACUAAAGCAACCCAUCCAGACGACGUCUUAAGAGCAGCUGGAGAAAGCUCCCAAGGCAGGCUGAAUGUCAGUCUUGCCAUUUGAUCUAUCAACAUAAUCAUUGUCCAUGGCCUACCUACUGCUGGAUGAGGGGGCUCCCCUUGCCAUCGCCGUCCCUAACAGUAUUGAAAUUGAACAAUCCGUCUCGUGAGCACGAAAUGUCGUCGUUCCAUCUCCGCGGUUGCCAUCCUCUCGGGCGUCUGUUCUCUCGUUUGGCCACCAUUCCGUCAACAAGUGUGGUCUCUUCGCCACGGUGACGUCACGAGGGGGAGCUGUAGUUGGGAAGAUGAAAGUCUUGGCCUUCGUGCCAGAAACGUAAUUCUACUGUCAACAAAACUUCAAAAUCGCGUUGCACAUCCUGCUACGGGCAGCCUAAGCGUGUGGAUAUGAGAGAGGAGAGUUGCGUUCCUUAUAUUGCAUUUUAGCUUUUAACCAAGCGAGAGAGACUCCUUUGCCUCCAGAAUCCACCUUUUGACCUUAGCCUGGCCAUAACCCAACCCUCUGGCAUCCUGGCUAGAAGCACCAUGGCCAGGAAUUGACCCCCAUAACUCUAUAAUUUUGCUGCCCUUUGUUAGGCCCAGCUGGAGAUGAUGGAGAGACACCGUUAUGUGUGUACACGUGGAGAGGCAGCGAUUCUGAGUAUCACAUCUGACCUGCCUAUGGAUGAGGAUUAAUUCUUGUUAUUGGCCUUGAUUUGAGAAUUCAUCACCCCCAUUGCUUGAGGAGCUCACUCGCGGCAGCUGGGAAUAUGGAUAUCGUAAACAAGUCGGGGCCCGCCACUGUUUGAUUCAACAAGCGAGAUGUUUGCGCUACACUUGGGAUAUCCACUUACUUAACUAAUCGAUUUCCCUAACAAUUAUUGGUUUGUUUACUUGAUGAACACAGAUAAUAUCGAAUUAGUCGGGGGGGGGGGGGGGGAGCCUCGCUUUUGUAGCCAUGUGUGCUCACUGGACAGUGAUGCUGUCGUCAUCAUCCGCGUCACGUUGGGUUUGGCUCGUAGGGGGUUUCCUGCCUUCACGAGGGAGGAUGUGGGGGAGGCCACAAUUAUUAAAGGUGCCUGAAUAAUCGACCACAUAAAGAGUUGUGAAUUCAGAUUUCCUUAUGAUUCAUAAUAUAAUAUAACAAUAACCUCUAUUUUACAAAGCGCCUUUCAAAUUGAAAUAUCUCAAAUGCUCCGAUUAAUCAUCGAAUGCGACCACUCGCCAUAGCUCUAGUUUCCGAUAUAGCAGGGAGAAGGUAGAACUCACAAAGGGGAGGGAGUGGCGGGAAGAGUUUUGCGUACAACAGUGGAUCCCUAGGUCGGAUUUGAAACUGAGCUGCCCACGUUACCGUCGACCAUCUCCCCUAACCACGCCUGUCCCCACGGUGAGGGGACAGGCGUGGUUAGGUUGAGAGGUGAGCCUGACCGCGAUCGCCUUGCUGGAGUCAAAAGGUCUCGCUUGCGGUGUGCCCCCUACCACACCACCCUGCUUGUCGUCACGAGCGUGGACUUUCCGUGCCUGAACGUUCACCUGAACGUUGGUGGGAGUUUCCCUCCUGUGUUGGGCCCGGCUAGAGAGGAUUUCCCGCAGUUGCUCAGAAGCAGUGGCUUUUCAGGGCCUCGGGCAGAACAAAUCCCUGGAAACAGCAAUGGCACAUUGCUGCGAAAUACAAUUCACCAUCCGGCACGAUUAUUCCGUAGCCCAAGUAAACCUAAGUGUCCUUUGACUCCACACUGAAGGAUGGAGUCUUCACAAGGGACCUCGGGCAAAGGGAGCCUGGUUCAUCGCACGGUCCUCAAAAUCGGGGAGUGCUCGUACAACUUUUCCAAAGCAUGUUGGAACAUGUGCUUUAUGAUUACGAUUGGGGGGGCGAUGGGGAAAGACAGAUAUUGCUGCCAAAGUUGGUCUCUCGUGUGUUUGUAUUUUUCCGGCACCGGUUCAAAUCGCUUAACGGUGCGAUCGUUCCAAUCACGUUCCGGCCGCACUCCUCCGCCGUGCCACCGUCGCCCCGCGUCCGCACCGUGCCGUGUUGGAAGCGCCACUUGCCCGCUCCGCAGUAUUAGCGCGGCACCACAGCACGGACAGCUUUGGCUCCACUCCGAGCACGGCAAGCCCCGGGGACUCGCCGAGGAUUGUGGGAUUCCCUAAGCCAGGUGCGAGCAGUGUCACCCACGGUGCCCUGCGGCGCGUGGUGUGGUGCGACGCUGCCCCGUGUUGGUGGCCUGCCUUUCACGUCGGCUUACCGUGAAGUUGUGACAUUUUGAUACGGAAGUUUGUCUUUUAAUGAAGGGGUUUUUUUUUUUUCUUUUGCAUUCAUGACUAUCUCGUCUCAAGCCCGGCGUGUAUUUGUCCGUGUAUUUACAGGGUAAUGGAAUAGAGGGUCAUAUUGUUUUGAUGCCUAUUGUGCGAUGGACACUAGAAGUGGGUGGCCUACCAGAGAAACGUCGCACUAGAGACGUGAUGCCUUCACAGCUUCCUCAUAACGUGACCUCUCGCCUCGCCGACCCCCUCCGAUUCUCUGACCCCCUCUGUGCAUUUCGGUGACUCAAACCAGGAGUGACCACUUCAUAUGAGUCAAAAGGAAGUGGCCACAACAGAAUGAAUGGUUUGAGCUAUAACCUUGGCUUUAAAGUUCGGUCGUGAGUUCCGUGGAGUGGUUGUCGAGUCGUUGCCAGAGCCACGUCUGUCCUAGUCGCGGGGUGAGCCGUAUUCCAAGAGUCGUCAUCGUGAAGCUUCAAAGAGCCACUGCGCAGCAAUGCCCUGCGUGGCAUCGUGCGCCGCACAGAAAGGCGUGACCUGAUCGAUUUGACCAAUCGGCGACGUCCGUGACCAUAUCGAGCUCGAUGCCCCACCUCUGGGCGUAAAGACAUUUUGCCCGCUGCCUCUUAGGACUCAACGGUGACGUUUGACACAACGAUCCGAAUGAAUUUCCGAAGCGAGUUGGGUUGGCAUUUCGUCGCGUGGAAAUCACGCCGCCGGUAAACGUGGCCCUGCUGACUGAUCCCGAGUAACGCAAGCACAUCCGUAGCCCAACCUCGCCCCCCCCCCCCCCCCCCCCCCCCCCCCGUCGUCUAAGCCGGGCAUUUCUACACAGAGCGCUCGGUGGAAUAUGUGGACACCUGCAGUACACGUGCCAACUCGGCUAGGCAAGUUCGUUCCCAGGCAGGUAGAUUUAUUUCCUAGUGUAGGAGCCCGCCUACGGCAGUUUGUAUUCCGAGUAGUCACAGUCUGGCCACGCCGUGCCCUUAGCCCCAGCCUCACUCUGCUUUGCUGAGACGUGACAUUAUCUUAGAGUAAUUAAUGCUUCAUGCGUUUGCCUGCCUAUUUUUAUUGUUUUUUUGUUGUUAUUGUUAUUUGGUUGUAAAGUAUAAAAAAAGCAAGCCUAGCUGACCGGCCAAAGGUGAACAGCAUAGCCUUGUAUGAAUCGGCGAGGUCUUUUUGCAGUAACAUUGACCGUGUGAAGGUGAUGCAGUAACGAAGGGUGUGCAGCACUCACCCUCCGAGAGGCCGGUUUACACCAAGCCUUAAGGUCUCGGUCUGCCCACACGACACGACUGAGUUUGAAAUUCGUGAUUUCAGUUUUUGUCACUGUGUAAUAAAAUGCACUGUUACCUGCA